AUGAAGAACACCGUAAGCGAUGAUCCGCCGCGGUACAUUUCUGCGAUGACCUUUGGCGUUCUCAGUCCUAAAGAGAUCGAAAAGCUGAGUGUCGUGGACAUUACCACCCGGGACUUGUACGAUCUCGAAAACGGUCGCCUCCCCAAACAACAUGGUGCACUUGACCGCAAGAUGGGUGUCAGUGAUAAUUUUAGUGACUGCUCUACUUGUGGGGGUCGUCUUGCUACUUGUCAGGGCCAUUUUGGGCGUAUCAAGCUUGCUCUGCCCGUGUUCCACAUCGGCUACCUCAAACAAACCAUUUCGAUUUUACAAAACAUUUGCAAGGACUGCAGCAGUGUUUUGCUUGACCUUGAAACAAAACGCAAGUUCCUUGCCGAACUGCGUCAUCCAGGAAUCGACAAUUUGCGUCGAAUGCAAAUCCUUAAGCGGAUCAAUGACCAGUGCAAAAAGCAGCGUCGCUGUUUACAUUGCAACGCUCUCAAUGGCGUCGUCAAGAAAGCUUCCGCCCUCAAGAUUAUCCAUGACAAGUAUCGUUGGAUCGGCAAGAAGGUUCCUGAUGAUAAAAUCGAGUUCGACGCUUCGUUUGAGAAUGCUCGCCGUGACGUACCCGAUCUUGACAAGUUCGUGAAAAAGGCCAUGGACGACUUGAACCCACUGCGUGUUCUUAAUUUAUUUAAACAGAUCAGCCCUCCUGAUUGUGAGCUUUUAGGCCUAGAUUCACGCAAGGGCCGGCCAGAGGAUUACCUUUGGCAGGAAGUCCCUGCUCCCCCAGUGUGCAUUCGGCCCUCGGUCAUGCAGGAUACUGCUAGUAACGAAGACGAUUUGACGGUUAAGCUCACAGAAAUUGUAUGGACUUCUAACAUUAUUCGUGCUGGUCUUGAAAAGGGUAUCUCUCUGGUCAAUCUCAUGGAGCAGUGGGAGUUUCUUCAGCUUUCUUUGGCUUUGUACAUCAACAGUGACACUCCAUCAGGUCCUGGAAUGCCAGCUUCAAAGCCAAUCAGAGCACUUUGCCAGCGCCUCAAAGGCAAGCAGGGACGGUUCCGUGGUAACCUAAGCGGCAAGCGAGUGGAUUUCUCUGGCCGUACUGUCAUCUCGCCUGAUCCGAACUUGGCAAUUGACGAAGUCGCUGUUCCUGAUCGUAUUGCAAAGAUCUUGACUUACCCUGAGAGAGUCACGCGGUACAACCGGGACAAGCUCAAGACGCUGGUUGCAAACGGUGCUUUACAGUACCCCGGUGCUAAUUAUGUCUUGAAGAAAAAUGAGACAGUUAGGCGAAACUUGCGAUUUGGUCGCCGGGCAGAAAUUUCUCGAGACUUAAAUAUUGGUGAUAUUGUAGAGCGACAUCUUGAAGAUGGCGAUAUUGUGCUUUUCAACCGUCAGCCAUCCCUGCAUCGUCUUUCAAUUCUGUCACAUCGGGUCAAGGUUAGACCUUGGCGUACUUUCAGACUGAACGAAUGUGUUUGCACUCCUUAUAACGCAGAUUUCGAUGGUGAUGAGAUGAACUUGCAUGUUCCGCAAACUGAGGAAGCGCGAGCCGAAGCUAUGAACCUCAUGGGAGUCACACACAACCUCAUUACCCCUCGUUCUGGUGGACCUAUUAUCGCUGCUACACAGGACUUCAUCUCUGCAAGUUAUUUGAUUUCCAAGAAAGAUCAAUUUUUCGAUCGUGCUCAACUUUCUAUGAUCCUGGCUAUGAUGUCAGACGCAAACACACACUUUGACAUCCCGCAUCCCACAAUUGUCAAACCUCAAAACUUGUGGACUGGAAAGCAAGUGUUCUCUUUGUUGAUCAAGCCAAACGCAGACAGCAAAGUUGAAAUCAACCUUGAAGCGAAAAACAAGACAUUCCAGGCCCCGAGAAAAGGCCAGCCUCUCGAAAUGAGCCCAAAUGAUGGCUACGUUGUUAUUCGAGGCUCUCAAGUUCUUUGCGGUGCUAUGGACAAGAAUCUCCUCGGUGACGGUAAGAAAAAUUCUGUUUUCUAUGCUAUUCUUCGCGACUAUGGUCCAAAGGAGGCGGCUGUCGCUAUGAACCGGAUGGCCAAGAUGUGUGCUCGCUGGCUGGGCAAUAGAGGUUUCUCUAUUGGCGUAAGUGAUGUCACACCUGGCGAGAAUCUUUCACGUCUCAAGGACCAACUGGUUGAAGCCGCUUAUGCGAAAUGUGACGAGCUCAUUCAGCUGUACUCUGAGGGUAAGCUUGAGACACAACCUGGUUGCAAUGAGGAACAGACACUUGAAGCAAAAAUCGGAGGUCUACUCUCAAAAGUUCGUGAGGAAGUGGGUGAUGUUUGUAUUAGCGAGCUUGAUAAGCACAAUGCACCUCUCAUUAUGGCCAUGUGUGGCUCAAAAGGUUCGAAUUUGAAUGUUUCUCAGAUGGUUGCCUGUGUCGGUCAGCAGAUUAUUUCUGGUAGCCGUGUUGCAAAUGGUUUCCAAGAUCGUACGUUGCCUCAUUUCCCCAAAUUCUCCAAGACGCCUCCGAGUAAAGGUUUUGUGCGGAAUUCUUUCUAUUCCGGAUUAUCACCGCCUGAAUUCUUGUUCCAUGCUAUCUCUGGUCGUGAAGGUUUGGUUGAUACCGCCGUUAAGACUGCAGAAACAGGCUAUAUGUCUCGUCGACUAAUGAAAUCGCUUGAAGACCUGUCGUCCUUGUAUGACCGCACGGUGCGCACCUCAUCUAACCUUGUUGUUCAGUUCAAUUAUGGUGGUGACGGUCUCGAUCCUUUCGACAUGGAGGGUGAUGCUCAACCAGUCGACUUUGAUCGUACUUGGGCUCAUUGCGGUAAUAUUACUUUUGAUGUUAAUGCUAUUGGCCUACGGCCAUUUGAGGUUAUCAACUUGACUAAUGAAAUUCUAAAGGUGCCCGAGCAGAGCCUCAAACGCAUUGAUAACCUUGGCAAUGAGCUCAAGGAGUCUUAUAGUAAUCUGGACGAUGUGGAGGAUUGUUACGUUGAUGAACACGACCCCCAGCGCCAGUUCUAUGAGUCGCUCAGGUCUUUCCUAUCCGUAAAAGCGAAAAAGCUCUCGGUUUUGAGGGAACGUCAUGGCUUGAACCCUGCUCUUUCUAAGACUUCAGUCAAGGACAAGGCAGUGGAGCUUGCCACUGUUUCCAAGGUUUCAAACAUUACCAAGGAGCAUGUUGAGUCCUUUUUAGAGAUGUGUCUAUUCAAGUAUGAGCGUUCAAAGGUUGAACCAGGUACUGCUGUUGGUGCCAUUGGCGCCCAGUCCAUUGGUGAGCCCGGUACACAGAUGACGCUCAAGACUUUCCAUUUUGCUGGUGUGGCUAGUAUGAACGUUACGCUUGGUGUUCCUCGUAUCAAGGAGAUUAUCAAUGCCUCCAGAACUAUUUCUACGCCUAUCAUUACAGCGUGCUUGGCCAACGAUGAAGACGAGCGCACUGCGCGUAUUGUCAAGGGCCGUGUGGAGAAAACGUUGCUAAAAGAUAUCACUGAGUACAUGGAAGAUGUUUAUGCUGAGAACCAUGCAUUUAUUGCCAUUAAAAUUGAUUUCAAUACUGUUGAACGGCUCCAGCUAGAUGUCAAACUGCAUGAAAUCGGAAGGGCAAUUCAGAAGCACUCAAAGCUCAAGCUCAGCGACUCAGACAUUGUUAUGCUACCAGAAAAUGGUAUCAUUCAAGUGUCGAUUGUGAACAAUGUUGCCUCGAUCAAGGAUGUUGACGGUUCCGAGCUGUACUACCGCGGUCAACAACUUCAACGCCUGCUGCCAGAGGUAGUUGUCGUUGGUUUCAGCGACAUUUCUCGCGCGGUGAUCAACAUCAAAGAUGACGGUAAGAAGGAGCUGCUUGUUGAAGGCUACGGGUUACAAAAUGUCAUGAUCACUGACGGUGUUAUUGGCCACAAGACUAUGACCAACCACGUGCUGGAAAUGCGCCAGGUGCUCGGAAUUGAAGCCGCACGAUCAGCAAUUAUUCAUGAAAUCGACUAUACCAUGUCUAAACAUGGUAUGGCAGUCGAUCCGCGCCAUGUGCAACUUCUGGGCGAUGUCAUGACGUUCAAGGGCGAGGUGCUUGGUAUUACCCGAUUCGGCCUAGCCAAAAUGCGUGACUCUGUACUGCAACUGGCUUCCUUCGAAAAGACCACAGACCACCUGUUUGAUGCUGCCUUCUACAUGAAGACCGACAAAGUUGAAGGUGUAUCUGAGUGUAUUAUCCUGGGCCAGGGAAUGCGCAUUGGAACUGGCGCGUUCAACGUGAUUCAGCCGUUCCAGCCCGCCAUUGAGCAGAAAAUUCCGGCAUUUGAGCAACUGGUUGCAUAA